GGGUCUCCCGCGCUUUCGUACAUUCCUAGUGUGAUGUCGUCAAGGCACAGGAUUGAUAUCGGUGAAUCUAAGCCCAGACGGUCAAGGUUUUCUGAUGGACCGGAUAAUCAUGCACGUGAUCGCUCACGCUCCCCAGAUAAUCAGGUCAAAUUUAAACAGAAUGCUUCGAAUAAGUCUCCAUUCACAGCACAAACAAAUCCUUACAACGGCAAAUCGUUUAGUGCCAAAUACUUCGAACUUCUGAGGAAGCGUAUCAAAUUACCUGUUUGGGAAUACAAAGAGAAUUUUUUUCAGACGUUAUCGGAGAACCAAGUCACUGUUUUAGUUGGUGAAACAGGUUCUGGAAAAACGACCCAAAUUCCUCAGUGGUGCCUGGAAUGGGUAACUGGACGGUAUCCUACCAAAAAGGCAGUGGCCUGCACUCAACCUAGACGGGUAGCAGCCAUGUCUGUUGCUCAGCGUGUUUCCGAGGAAAUGGAUGUUGAACUUGGUCAAGAAGUAGGAUACAGUAUUCGAUUCGAGGAUUGCACGUCCUCAAGGACUGUGAUGAAAUACAUGACUGAUGGUAUGCUUUUACGUGAAGGUAUGUCUGAUCCUUUGCUCGAGGCAUACGGUGUUAUUCUCUUGGAUGAAGCCCAUGAAAGAACCUUGGCUACUGAUAUUUUAAUGGGUCUACUUAAAGAAAUCACAAAGCAAAGAUUAGAUUUAAAAAUAGUUGUCAUGAGUGCGACUUUGGACGCUGGAAAAUUCCAAGAUUACUUUCACAAAGCACCUCUUAUGACCGUGCCCGGUAGAACUCAUCCAGUGGAGAUAUUUUAUACUCCAGAACCAGAACGUGAUUAUCUCGAAGCGGCUAUCCGUACUGUAAUCCAAAUCCAUAUGUGCGAAGAGAUCGAGGGUGACAUAUUACUGUUUCUGACGGGACAAGAGGAGAUUGAAGAAGCAUGCAAACGUAUCCAGAGAGAAGUAGAUGGGUUGGGCCCGGACGUUGGUGAACUCCGUUGCAUUCCUCUCUACUCUACCCUUCCACCAAAUCUUCAACAAAGGAUUUUCGAAUCUCCUCCUCCAAAACGUGCAAAUGGAGCUGUUGGUCGAAAGGUUGUAGUGUCCACAAAUAUUGCAGAGACAUCCCUCACAAUUGAUGGAGUGGUUUUUGUUAUUGACCCAGGUUUCGCAAAGCAGAAAGUCUACAAUCCUCGUAUUCGUGUUGAAUCUCUCUUAGUCACUGCUAUCAGCAAAGCUUCUGCACAACAACGUGCUGGAAGGGCCGGGCGUACAAGACCUGGAAAAUGUUUUAGAUUGUAUACAGAAAAGGCAUAUACAAAUGAGAUGCAAGAGAACACAUAUCCAGAAAUUCUCCGGUCAAACCUGGGCACUGUUGUCCUCCAGUUAAAAAAACUGGGAAUUGAUGAUUUGGUGCAUUUUGACUUUAUGGAUCCUCCCGCUCCGGAAACUCUGAUGCGUGCUCUAGAGUUAUUGAAUUAUUUGGCAGCCCUUGAUGAUGAUGGUAACCUAACCGAUCUAGGAAGUAUGAUGGCUGAGUUCCCACUUGAUCCUCAGUUAGCCAAAAUGGUUAUCGCCUCUUGCGAUUACAACUGUUCAAAUGAAAUCCUGAGCAUCACUUCAAUGUUAUCAGUACCUCAAUGCUUUGUACGCCCUGCCGACUCCAAGAAAACUGCAGACGAAGCCAAAAUGCGUUUUGCUCACAUUGAUGGUGACCAUUUGACUAUGUUAAAUGUAUAUCAUGCCUUCAAACAGAAUCAUGAAGAUCCACAGUGGUGUUAUGAUAAUUUCAUAAAUUUCCGCUCAUUAAAAUCUGCUGACAACGUUCGGGUACAAUUAUCACGUAUUAUGGAUCGAUUUUCUCUUCGUCGUUCAAGUACAGACUUCACUUCUCGAGAUUAUUACAUUAACAUUCGAAAAGCUUUGGUAUCUGGCUUUUUCAUGCAGGUUGCGCAUCUUGAACGUACUGGACAUUAUUUAACUGUAAAAGACAACCAAGUGGUCCAGCUUCAUCCCUCUACAGUAAUGGAUCACAAACCGGAAUGGGUGUUGUACAAUGAGUUCGUCCUUACAACAAAGAAUUAUAUACGUACAGUGACUGAAGUAAAACCAGAUUGGCUUGUGCGUAUCGCUCCUCAGUAUUAUGAUAUGUCUAAUUUCCCUGAUUGUGAUGCUCGACGAAUACUCGAACGAAUUGUUCACAGGAUUCAAAAUCGUAAACUUCAACAAGAGCAAAAACAAAGCCAAGAGCCAAAAUUACAAGCACAAACUUGAUCGAUGUUCACACAUUCAGAUAUCACCACUACUCUUAAUUUAUAAGAUGUGAAGUAGUCUUGAUAACCAUCUUUGUAUUUUUAUUGACUUCCUCUGAAUUACCCACAUUCAAUGAAAGAGGUCACUCCGCAUUUCAAGUGCUGUUGUGUAUAUUUUAUCAAGGCAACAAUAAAUAAUAUCCAGUUCAUU